GCAUGCGCGGGAUCUUCUCCCGCCCGCGCGCCGACGGAGGCGGGAAGAUCGCCGCCCUGGUGCGCCGGAUCGCGGCCGACGAGAGGAAAGCCGUCGCGGGCUACCUGCUGGUGGUCGCCGUCACCGCCAGCUUGUACCUGCUCAAGCCCGCGGCGGAGAUGCUGUUCCUCGGGUCGGACCUCGCCUCCGCGCAGCUGCCCUUCAAGAUGCCGCGGCUGUUCGGCCGCAAGGUCGCCGAGUACGCGUUCCAGUGCGCCGUGACGUUCCUGUUCGCGGCCGUGAUGGCCGCCGUGGACGCGUUCAGCCUGGCUGCGGUCAAGUGCGCCGCGCACCAGUUCGAGGCGGUGUCCAUGCUGCUGGAGGGCAUGGGUGGCGACGAGAGCGGUGCGCCGCCCCCGGAGAAGGCGCUACGCGACAGCGUGCGGCUGCACCAGGAUGCCCUGGCAAACGCACGCAAGCUGGCUGACCUUCUCAACCCUCUCAUGUUUGCACACUACACUACGUCUUCAGCCAACGUUUGCUUGGUGGGAUACCAGAUAGCUGUGGCUACGGAUACGUCACAAGUUGUGGCCAUAGUGUGCCACCUGGUGAUGUUGCUCGCGCGCAUUUUCCUCCUCAGCUACUACUCAUCUCAGGUCAUACACCAGAGCGUGAACGUCGGCCACGCGUCGUACUCUUGCAACUGGUUCUCCGGGAGCGUGGACUUCAAGAGGAUGUUGACGGUGGUCAUCAGCCGAGCACAGAGGCCCGUCGUCAUGAGAACUGGUCCGUUCGGCGUCCUCUCGCUGGAGACCUUUGCUACGAUUAUGCAGGGAGCUUACUCCUACUACACCAUUCUGAAGAGAUUAACAUCACCGUAAUCUGAAAGGCUCCUGAGUAGAUAAUAUGUAUACAUAUAUACAUAUAUAUUAAUAAUUUAUGUAUAUACAUA